AUGCACAAGGAGCCCUCACCAGCAUCGUCUCCGCUUGCCCCGGACAAGACGGCAACGGAGAUCGUCUCCAAGAUCCGAGUCAUCGACCGGGAACUUCGAUACGUCGCGCCGUCGCCUGGCCGAGUCGAAGCAGCGGCCAAGCUCCUCGUCGAAGCAGCCCACACGACGGUCAAGGAGCCGUCGAGAAGUUCGAGGGCGUCUGCUGCCACCACGACGACGGCGACGGUACUAAUGGGUGGCCUGUCGUGGUAUGCAUGCUCCCAGGCCGUCGUCGUCUCCACCGAGGAUGCAUAUAACUGCUCGCUAAUAGCAGUCGCCGUACCGACCGACCAACUGCUGCAUGGCCGACCUGCGGCUUGGCCGCGCGCCAUGCCACCUCCUCUCUCGACCCGGGCUGGUGAGCUCUGCUCCCGCAACAUGCUCCUCGACACCCUCGGAUGA